UCAGUGACACGAUGGAUUGUCUCAUUGCAGCAAACUCCAAAUUUUGCUUUGACUUUUUUCAAGAGAUAAGCAAAAGCGAUGGUUCUAAAAACAUCUUCUUCUGUCCUCUGAGCCUCUCAGCUGCCCUUGGCAUGGUCCGUCUGGGGGCCAGAAGUGAUAGUGCACACCAGAUUGACCAGGUCCUCCACUUCAACGAGUUUUCCCAGAGUGAAAGCAAAGCGGGGGACCCCUGUCUGAAAGACAAAGAGCGGGAGGUGCUGGCCCACAGCCCCCUGGAAGGGUCGAAAGGAGCUGCUCCACAGGCGGGGUCUUCUGAGGAUGAAAGUACGCGUCUCAGUUACUGCUUUGGGCAGCUUCUCUCCAGAUUAGAUAGAAUCAAAGCUGAUUACACCCUGAGCAUUGCGAACAGGCUCUACGGAGAGCAGGAAUUUCCAAUCUGUCCGGAGUACUCGGAAGGUGUGAUUCAGUUUUAUCACACAACCAUCGAAAGUGUGGACUUCCGGAAAGACACUGAGAAGUCCCGACAGGAGAUUAACUUCUGGGUGGAGUCUCAGUCCCAGGGUAAAAUCAAGGACCUCUUCAGCAAGGACACCAUUGACAACUCAACUGUGCUCGUGCUGGUGAACGCGGUGUACUUCAAGGCCAAGUGGGAGAAAUACUUUGAAAGUGAAAACACGGUGGACGCGCCUUUCUCUCUGAAUGAGAACGAAAAGAAGACAGUGAAGAUGAUGAACCAAAAGGGCAUAUUCAGAAUGGGCUUCAUCGAGGAGGUGAGGGCGCAGAUCCUGGAAAUGCAGUACAUCCAGGGCAAGCUCAGCAUGUUCGUCAUCCUGCCGUCUCACUCUGCGGACAACCUGGCGGGCCUGCAGGAGCUUGAAAAGAAUAUCACCUAUGAAAAAAUAGUGGCCUGGAGCAGUUCAGAAAAUAUGUCAGAAAAGAAAGUAGCUGUCUGCUUUCCCCGGUUCACCUUGGAAGACAGCUAUGAUCUCAAUUCUAUUCUCCAAAACAUGGGCAUCACGGAUAUCUUCGACGAAAAGAAGGCUGAUCUCACUGGAAUCUCUCCAAAUCCCCAGUUGUACCUGUCUAAGGUUGUCCACAAAACCUUCGUGGAGGUGGAUGAAAAUGGCACCCAGGCCGUCGGAGCCAGUGGGGCUGUCGGCAGCAUGAUGUCUGCACCGUCCUGGGAGACCUUUAAUGCCAAUCGCCCUUUCCUCUUUUUCAUCAGACACAACAAAACCCAGACCAUUCUCUUCUACGGCAGGUUCUGCUCCCCUUGAAAGGAACGCACUGUCUAGUCCCAGGGAGCUGGAAGAACGUGGCGGUGCAAUCCGCCCCUGGCCCAGCGUGGCCUUUUGUGCUUAAGCUACUAUCUAAAGCCGGUGGAAUUUCAUCACAGCACCAUGCUCCCUUCCUCCAGGCACUGGCCUGGGCUUUUCCCGCUCUUUUCCCUACCCUGUAGCUGAUUUUCAUCUAAGUCCAUUAGCAUCGAAGGGCCCCUUCCCCCUCCCUCACCUCUUACCAUGCUGAGCUUUCAAGCAUAUAAAAAAAGUUCACCCUCUGUGACCUGAAGGUCAACAUCAUGGACAAUGAUACUGACUUUAAGUUACCUACUUCCUUGUGAGGGAACCCUGAAAGUUCAAAUCACUAGACCACUUCUAGGAGAUGGCAAAUUCAGAAAGCACUGUAACGGGGGUGGUGAGAGAGAGUGGUUAAAUGGAAUGUGUUUUGGGAACCUGGCUCUGUUUCUAUGGCAGUUAAAACUGUGGUGCAUCCCUGGGCAAGAUGUGUCUUCCUCUUCCAUCUGCUGCUGCCCGAGAGAUGCCCCAUAAGGGGCUUCUUCUCACUUGGGAGGAAGCAGGGGUUGAGGGUGGAUUUCAGCGAGAGCCCAAAGGUGUAAAACUGCAUCAGCCAGCACCCAUCUUGCACAGAGAAUAUUUCCUGUGAAUUUGGCCACGUUUGGGUUUGUAUAUUCAUCUACUGUCUUUGUUUGGAGCGUCAGAGUCAGGCCACAGAGGGAGAAACGCACUGUCAUCCUCCAGCAGGGCUACACUGGAUGGGGGGCUCUUGCUUCUUUGACCUUUUCCCACCGGCAAGACUGACCCUUCAAUAAGGCAGGCAGAGGCGCUGCCACAACUGCUAGAAAACCAACCAGAGCAUGAAACUCCGGGGAGAGAACUCCUCCACGGUUAGCUCAGCUC